AUGCCAAGUUCUCAAAUGCUCAAUUCCGAUGAAUGGGAAUACAAGUGUGAAGGGUUGGGAAACGUAAUUCUGUCUCAUGUGGAUCAACAACAUCAUACAACAUCAAAGCUGCGAGGAAAAGUGUUACGUGUUCGCAAAUGUCCUCGAGAAUUGUUACUGAUAUCCCAAUCGUCACCCAAUUCACACAAAACCUAUGAAGAAGAAUUAAAUUCCACCUACUCCAGAUUGAAAGGAGUGUCCUCUCGAGAAGAAUAUUUAAAAAUUUAUGUGAAAGAUGUGAUUGGAAAAUUAUUGGAUGUGUGUCAUGAAAAGGGACAAGAAUUAGUGGAUCCAGGAGAAACUGUUCCAGUGAGUCGAGAAUUCCUUCAAGAAAUUAAAGAAAAAAUCAAUCCACUCCGUUCCGAACAAAUGCUCAAUUACAAGCUCGAUUUUGACAUUUUUGCUGACAGUGCCAUUCUCAUGAGAGAUUUCACAUUUAAUAGAAAUCAUCACCUUGAUCCAACACUUGAGAAUAACAGUAGUCAUCAUGACCAUCACAACCAGACCCCUGAUUACACGUUCUGCGUGGAAAUUAAACCAAAAUGGGGCAUGAUUUGCAGUUCAGAGUUCAUUUCUCCGCACAACAAACCCAUCAAAUAUGAAACUUGUCGCUACUGCAUGCAACAAUUUACCAAACUCAAACAAGGUCUCAUUCUCAACACGAGUUCAUUUUGUCCCACAAAUUUAUUUUCGAGUCGUGAAGAACGAGUCAAGAAGGGCCUUUUUGAUCUCAUUGAUAAUCCACAAAAUAAUAUGAGACUAUAUAUUGAUGGAAAACUCGUCUGGUUUGAUGAUAAUAGUGUGACAGUUCCAAAUCGUAAUUUUAGAGAGGAAUUGUGUCAAUUAUUGAAAAAGCACCAAGUGGAGAAUCUUGAAAAAUUUGUACAUUAUGUGAGCUAUUGUUUGAUUCAUUCGAAUAUUAUGGAAACUUUGCAACGUUUACAUCAACUGGAUCGUUUCGAUAUUGAAUUUAUUUAUCCUCAUGUUUAUUCUGUAUUGAAAAACAAGUAUGGAAGUGAUGAAAAAAUUCAGGAAUUACUUUUCAAUUUCAAUAGCGACAUGGAUCGAUGGAUGGAUCUGUUAAAACAAGAAUUGACAAGAGAAGAGAAAGGUCCUUGUUGUCAAGAAUUUGAAUGUUCCUGUAGUGGAUUUUCUUCCAAUUCUAACGGCCAAAAGUCAAGAGAAGAAGAACAUUCCAUCUAUUCGAGAGUGAAACCUCAUUUGCGUACUUUUGAGGAUUUGGUGGAGGCAUGUCGAAGUGAAGAUGAAGAAUUUUGUUGGCAUGUGCUUCGAAUGUAUCUUACUGCCCAUUGCGUGAAGGAUUGUUCUGUGAUGAUUUCUUUUAAUCUUUCUCAUGUCGAAAGAGAUGGUGUGAAUGGUGAUGGGAAUCAUGACGACGGAAUGGUGGAGUAUGAUAUUGGAUUGGUGGAUCUCGAUCCAAAAAUUGCAGCUAAAAUUCCAAGCUAUUAUGAGAUGGAUCAAGAAAUUAUCAAACUCUAUGUCAAGGAAAAGGGUCUCGUCACGACUGAUCGUCAAUGA